AUGGCGAGGGAUGCUCGCGAGUACAGGGUCGGGGAUGGCAGCUGCACAAGGUCAGGGGAUGGCAGCUGCACCAGCUGCAGUGACACGGGGACUGUCGACGGGAGGGACUGCGUCGGGUUCAAGGGUGAGUUGACUCUGUGGUUUGCCUUCAGUGAGGUGUUCACUGGUUGGCUGAUGACGACAUGCCGCACGUGGAUUGGGGGCCGGCAAGUGGGGUACCCUCCCUUUGUCUGUCUGUCUGCACGGGGGUCAGUACACAGCAAUCGCAGUUCCUCCUCUUCUGAUGCUCUACCCCCGAUGUCCCGCUACCCUCUCCUGGGCAGCGAAGGAGAAAGCAGCAGCUGUGUCUGUCAUCGUUGUCGCCGAAUGGCCAAAGAAUGCAGCAACCUCCGACUGGUCAACCACAUCAUAGCCGGCAUCUGCAUCAUCGUCUUCGCGGUUUACGUCGCCACCAUCGUCGACCUCUGGAGGCGGUUUCCUCUUGACGACGACGAUGGCUUUGGUGGCGAGCGCAGAGAGCAUCCGUACUGUGUGUCCAAGAACAUGUUGUACAAGCAAGAGGCGUGGGAAGACAUGGACCACAGAGUGACCAGAAACAAGUACUGCUUCAACAACCUCGACUGGAUCCCUGCUCUCCUUAAUCGGGCUUACGACGAUUUGGAAAAACGAAUAAAGGCACCAGAGGAAGGAAUGGGCGCAGGCAGCAGCAGGUUAACCCUGGCUACGUCAAACGACGAUAAAGGUGAAGGGCCACUACCCGUGUACCAACCUCGACCCUUUGGUCACGUGGUGCUGGACAUUAGACAUGUCUACACAGAGGACGAAAUGGCGGUGAAGUGGGCGAGCAGCGGUAUGGCGGGGUCUCAGUGGAGGGACAUGAUGCUGAAUGGUAACAAGACAGACCUGGUUGUUAGAAUACCCGGGUACUAUUACAUCUACAGUCACCUGCAGUUCAAACCCUCUGUUGCUGAUCCGCAGGACCCACCAAGACUUCAGUUGUACUUGAACUGGAGGGACAACAGCCAAGACGGCCGGCGGAAGCUGUUGGAAUCCCAAGGGCCAACUCCUUUUGUCCAGGGAGUGUUCCUCCUCCGCCAAAACGAUAACAUCAGUGUUCGCACCGACACCAGCAGACUCUACCUCGACGCCAGCAGGUCCAACUACCUCGGCAUUUUCCUCAUCUGAUGACACCAGCAGUGUCCAAGACCGCCAAGGCUGUGAAUGGACUAGAAAGAACCAGCCAACGGUCCCCAACAGGCGCAGAUGUAGAAAAGAAAAAAGAAACAGUAAAGACAGGCGUAAAUCUGUAUUUCUCUUUUGCAUAAUGUUCACAGCUAUGGCUACAGAAAGUUUGAUAAGUCUGAGGUACUGAGGGGAGAUAACGCAACAAUUGCCCCAGGGGUCCAGAGGUGUAACGGAUAAGUAUU